CUUGACGCAGUAACGUCGCUGCCCGGCGGACGCCCAGGGGCAGUCAGAACCAGGCUGUUGCUCGUUUAUGCAGCUAAAGACGGUUGUGUUCUCAGUGUGUGUGUCGUGUUUUCAGACUCAAUUCUAAACUGAGGCGAAAACAGAAUUAUUUAUUAUUCCCUUACGACCACACACGACAAUGAACGGUAAGUCAACCAACGGCACGGCUGGAGGAAUGGCCUGUAUCGAGGGUCUACCGCCGCUGCCGAAGAGCCUGAGCGGUUUACUGAACUCCAGCGGCGGCUCCUGGAGAGAAAUGGAGAGGAUGUACGUGAAGAAAACCAUGAUCCAGGACGACCUAAGCCGAGGCAGGAACAACACCGACAACCUCCUCGCCAACAAGCCGGCCAACCUCGACGCUGCCCUGGCUCUACUGCGGAAAGAAAUGGUGGGUCUGCGUCAGCAGGACAUGUCUCUGCUGUGCCAGCUGUGGUCCCUGCACGAGUCCAUCCAGGAGUACAAGGGCAGCUGCCAGGACCUGAGCGCCGCCUCCAGCCUCAGCAUGAUAGAGAACGGCUACUUCGACGAGGACGACGAGUUCUACACCGAGCCUGGCGCCACUCCAACGGGAGAACAGGCGGACGGGGAGAUGGGAGACGGGACGGCAACCACGGCCAAGAAUGGGCGCAGCAGCGGCAAAGAGGACAGCUGGGAGUCUUUCCGCAUCAACAUCUGAGGCUCUGUUCUGGCUUUCUUCUUUUGGGCUCUUUUUUUUAAAUUGGCGAGCAACGGAUUGAUGGAGUGGAGCUGGAAAAUAAAGGAGAGGCUCUGAGAUCGGAGCGCUCUGCUGGAAGAACAUCAGCUCCUGGUGUCUCUUCAUCAAACGACAAAAACAAAAAACCAGAAAACAAAAACAGGCCUUAAAGUAAAGCACCAGCUCCUGUGUUCCUCCUGUUCCUCCUGCUGCUCCUCCUCAGGUGACACGUGAACCUGCUCCUCCUGCAGGACGUCUCUGGCAGCGUGACCAGACUGUGGAGCUGAGCUUCUCAAACACUCAGGAGUGAAGAUGCAUUACAAACACUGACUCCUGACACUACACUCAGAAUUAGGCAAUAUAAAUAUAUAAAUAUACAGUAUAAGCAGUAAAUGUGUGUGUAUAUAUUCACUUUGUUAUCACUUCUCUGCUGCAGCUGCUGCCUCUGUGUCCAGCAGCUUUGCUAACCAGUCUCUAUCUCUCUCUGCUUUUCUACAUAAUCAAGAUUUACUAUGAACAAAGUUUUAUUAUUUAUUACAUAUAAUAUAAAUAUAAACAUCUUCUUUUUUCCUCAAUAGGUUUGAGUACAGACACGUACAACUUAGCUCUGUUUGUUACAUCAGUGUUUGUUUGAACAAACUUCCACUGCGUGCGUGUGUUUGUGUUGGCUUUGAGCUAAAUCAGAAAGAAAAUAUUUAGUGAAGGGGUGUCGAACAUAUAGCCCACGGGCCAAAUCUGGCACACUAAGGUGUUCAGUCAGGCCCGCUGGAUGAAUUUGGAAAAACACAAACACUUCAUGUUCAUGAUAUGUUUUGUUAAAAUCUAAUAUAUUGUACUUCUUUGCAUAAAAACAAAAGGGAAAAAACAUGGACUUAUUUAUUAUUGUACUGGUCCGGCCCACCUCACAUCUGAUUAGGCUGUGUGCAGCCCCUGAACCAAAAUGAGUUCGACACCCCUGAUCUACACCCAAUUUUGACUUUUCAACACGAGGUUUUCACCUUGAAGAACACCACCAAAACCAAACAGUUAUUUGGUUGAAUGUCAUAAAAAUGACCCUUAAAAUCCUCAAGGAAGUUGACAGCUGUAGGCCUUCAGUACGUUCUACAUAAAUUAAUAAUAACGCUUACAUUUUGCUGUUUGCAAGCAAGCAGUGCAACCCUGUGUGAGCUGAAAUAUAUAACAUGAAAGUAUGUGCAGGAGCAGUUUUAGGUUCUGUGAUCCAAGUAUUUACGGCGUAUUAUAUUAUACUCAUAUCAGCCUUAGGCUUUGUAGUUUUUUUACGGUAAUUUAAAGGACUAAGAAACCAAUGCAAACACCAUGCUGUGACCUCUGCAGCUAGUAUCAGCUGGCACCAGGAUAACAGGGUACUUUUGUAAAACGCUGCGUGUUUCUUCAUAAAAUGACGUGCAUUAACAAAACCGGUCGGAUUGACACGUAACCAAAGUCUGUGAUUGGCCUUGAUUCUGCUUGGGUUUUUUUUUUCUCCACUUGUCAUGAUUUAAUCAGCAACAGUUCCAGGUACUUAUCCAACAUUUACUGUGUCAGUGAAUCUGGAAUUGAAUGUUGAAAAAAGAAUCAAUUCGUCAGCCUUUGUGCAGUAAAAUGCUCACAUUUUCUGUUGAAUGUUAUACAAUUAUUUGAAAGUAAACGUCAAUUCAAACUGUUUUAUUUGAGACACUCGACCUAAGUGAUGGUGUUUAAAAUGAUGAAAAAAAAAAUAUUUUAUUGGAUGUUGACACAUCGUGUGCCUUAAAAAACCCUGCAGAUCAAACACGUUUCUGCAGCUUUAAAAAAAAGAAAUGCAGAUUUGAAAGCAGAAAACUUUUAAAUAAUGUUGGAAUUCCCUCCAAAUGUUUUUUACAGAAUCCCUAAUCCAUGUUGUUCCAGUCUCUGGCCUGGUCUGUGUGUGCCUGUGUUUAAUCCACUCCUGCACUAAAAACCUAAUCCAGCUCAGCUGAGGAUGAACACCAGCGUGGUGUAGAUCCAGAUCCUGUUUCUGUUUUGUCGGACGUGGAACUGGAUGUUUGAUGUUUGUUUGAAGGUCACGUCACCUUUAAUUUCACUUUUACGACGGCGAACCUGUGUAUAAAAUGUGAUAUUUGUUCUGUUCUGAUUUAGAAAAUAUUUCACUUUUAUUUUCGUUAAGAAUAUAUAUUUGAAAGAACAUGUACACACUUGUAAUGUGAUGUAUUUUUUUGUUUUGUUUUUUCUUUUCCAUUUGCAUGAAUCUGUUGUCAGUCGUCUGUGACGAGACGUUCCUUCUGUGGAUUUAUCCCAACCGUCUGUUUGCACCAAUUGUUAACAAUCACAUUGUGAUUUUUUUUCUACCCACGGUGGCCUCAGUUGACCAGAAUGCAGUGCAGCCACAGGGAUGUGAGGUCACGUCACACAUCCUUGGGUUCUUUGUUUUUUGGUUGUCGGGAAGCACUGUGGGAGAAAUUUAGAGGAAGGAGGAUUUGGAAGUGGCUGCCCCAGAAAUGAAAAAACAAAGAGGCUUCCCCUCAAAAUGACUUGAUUAGAGAUGAUGGUAUUUAACGAGCAGGUGUCGGAGGAGAACACCAGAGUCGCAGUCGACUGAAAACUUCCUUUAAAAAAAGCCUCAAAAAGCCUAAAAAAAAAUCCCACCACCAACAACAACAUAUCUUUGUGUAGAAGUGAUGUUUUUCUCUGGACCACAGCAGUUGACUUCAUUUAAAUCUGUCUUUAUUUCUGUGUCUUACUUCAUAUUUAUACUGUAUACCAGUCAUUUCAUUCAGUCACUCGAGUUAAAAGAAACGUUUUUCGAUGUACCUGGUGUGAAAGGAAAAGUACCAGGACUGUGUGACUGUGACUGUAGUUCUGAACGACCGACUACUGUUCUCUGGACUGGGCUUCUCUCUCACUCUCAUCGUACUGAGGAUCAUUUAAUAAAGUGAUUCCAUACUUUGCA